UUUGAAGAAUAGUCUGCAUUUACUAUCCCUGUGUAUUAAAGCUCCAAAACAACCGAGGAGAGUAAAGCAAGACUCCUGUCUCCAUGCACACCAAAAAGAGGCCAGCGAGUUCCUUGCUCUCUGGGGGUCUGGUGUGCUGGCCAUCUUUGUCUUUGCGGCAACCACCCAGGGUCCUGAUUGUGGAGGCACUGCCACCAUGGUGGUCCGAGACCUGCGCUGUUCUCUGUGAGGCCCUGGAUAACGUCCUGUCCCUGGCCUGCAGUCUGGAUGGCCCCUGUAGGAUACCACUUCUCAGCCUGUACGCCAUCAGCAGGCAGCAGGAGUGUCUGCUGCCGUUUGUGCAGGUUCGUGGCAACCUGGCCAGGCUGCGUUCCUGUGUUGAGGAGCUGAGGUCUAUUCCAGGUGAUGGCUGUAUCAGAGGACCAGCCAGAGGAGGGGAGCUGCUGCGACAGGCGGUAUUGGACAGCCUGCAGCAGUUUAAACAGUACACCAGACAUACCAGCACUGGCAGCCAGGCCAGCAACAACACAUCUGUGGAAGUUACUGUGGUGACCAGCCAGCCAGGGCGGGGCAUCAUACACCAGUUGGAGGCGGGGCUUAGAGAUGCUGACCUAGUGUCACUGAGGCGGCUCCUGUUGGUACAGAUCACUAAUGCAGCAGACAUGGGCAGUGACACUCCGUCACCUCAGGACCCAUGCACUGACAGUGAGGAGUGUCUGAUGCUGGGGACAGAGGUCGAACUGCAGCAGGUAGACAACAGUGUGGUCGCCAUGGAAACGGUGUUCAAAGCGUGGCUUCACGAGCAGGGAGGUGACCGAGAACACCUGCACCUGCUACUGCCUAGCAACUCUGAGAAUUCCAGUCCAGUCUGUGUGAAGUGUGACAUGCAGGAGCGUCUGCUCAGCCCCGCCCUUUUCUCCCUGACUCCCAGUGUCGGAGUGAAGACUGAGAGCAUCCAGGACUUUCUGCCCUCCACCAAAACCUCGGCCAAUCACAGCACUCCACCACAGAGACUGAAGGCAAUCAAGGCUCUGCGUGCAGACGGAGUGUGUGAGAGUGUGUUGUACGGCCUGCCACUGGUGAUCAGACCCACCACCUGUUGGCAACUGGACUGGGACGAGAUAGAGACCAACCAUAACCUGUUCCAUGCUCUCUGUCACACACUCAGAAGUCGUGACUUGUUCCUGCUGGUGAGGUUGGAGCCUGCCCAGAGCUCUGCAGCCGGAGCCUCAGGUGUGUAUUCCUACUAUGUUCUCCAGCCCUCCCCCUCUCUCUCGCUCCUUCUGAAGCCUGUGGUCUCCAGAGAGCUGUUGCUGCCCUGCUCGCUGCCUGUCUCAAAUCAGGACCCCCCGCCUGAUGCCAUUCACACUGUACAGAGCUGUCUAGGCCAGCUGGAUGAGGAUGUGGUGUUCAACCCUCUGACCCUCAGCAGUCAGCUCCACCAGCACCUCAAGAGGAGAGGCCUGCUCUCCCAGCCGCAAUACCCAUACAGGCUCCAGCAGACAGCCCACAGAGAGGCUCAGCCACAAGAGGGCCCUAAAAACAGCAGGCAGUCCCGACAGUCGCAGCAUCAAGGUCGCCAAAUGGGAACUGGCAAGGUCCGAGCCACGGUGGCUCCCCUUCCCUCUUCCUCGCUGGGCCCUCCUCCCUGUAAGGUGUCCCGUCCGGCCCUGACGUUCCUCAACAGCCGCACCCCGGCCCCUACACUCCUCCUCUGCUCCCCAGUGGGGCCGCAGGAGGAAGGUAACAAUGACAACAACAAUGACGAGCUGAUGAUGAUUUUGUGA